CACUUCGGGGUGGGAGGGAGGCACAGCCCCCGCCAGUGCGGUCUCCCUCUGCUUGUCACCAUCCAGUGCAGUAACUGGAUCCUGUCCCGGUCACCCAGCCUUGGGACACAGCCCAAGGCAUCGCGCCCCUGUGUGGCACCUCUGCAUGAUACUGAAUCCCAGGGUUUGGGUGUGAGUGUGUGUAAAUGCGAUUUAUUGCUGCAUUCUUGGCUUGGAGGGGCUGCGAGCCCCCCAGGCCCUCCCUUAUGGCUCACCAUCACGUCAACCCUCAAAGACUUGACGGCCGGGUUGUUUCUCCAGGUCCCACCAAGCUGCAGGUGUAACUGCGGCAGGGGACGCUCUGGCUUUUUAUAGGUGCCGUCCUUUCUCGCUGCCCCGUGUGAGCCGGGGUGCCAGAGCCGCGUGGCGGGUGGGAUCUGGCAGCGCUCCUGCAUGGAGCCAGAGCCGCCCCAAAACUUGCUUUGGGAAGCUCUGUACUCUGUCCGGCGUCUCCCUGCGGCAGCUGCGGGACUGGGGACCCGCCAGGAUCUGCAGUGCCACGUGGGCCCUUGGGGCUGGGUCUGCUCCUGCCUGACCGUCUGCUGGCGCUACCAGGGUGUGGGCAGGAGCCGGGGCGAGCGCAGGGGGGGCCUCUGCUCUGCGUCACCCUGGAUUUCUCACCAGCCCUCCUCCCGGCCCCGUUUCCUCAUUUGCGUGGCCAGCGAUGGCUGCGAUCCUGCGGCGCAGCAAGGGGAAAUGAUUACCAUGUGGAGAGGCAGCGCAGAGGCGUGUUCGUGGCCCCAGACCCCCCCAGAGCUCUUCCUAGAAAAGAGAGGGUGACUCAGAGCCAGGGUCCCCUGCCCCCCCACACCUCUUCCUUCGGUAGCCGGAGGCGGCUCCAGCAGCACUGGAGAACUCAGAGGCUCCCACAAAGGGCUUCGGGAACCUGGAGGAACCUGCAAAGGGCUUGCAGGGGCAGCCAGGGCGGGACCCCCACCCACAGCGCAGCGCCCGGCUGCGGUGCCCUGACGAGCCCAUCUCCGCGGCAGGUGGUGGUGAGCCAUGGCGGUGUGGAUCCAGGCGCAGCAGCUCCAGGGAGAAGCCCUGCGGCAGAUGCAGGCGCUCUACGGGCAGCACUUUCCCAUCGAGGUGCGGCACUACCUGUCACAGUGGAUCGAGAGCCAGGCAUGGGACUCCAUCGACCUCGACAACCCCCAGGAGAAUGUGAAGGCGACGCAGCUGCUGGAGGGGCUGAUCCAGGAGCUGCAGAAGAAGGCAGACCACCAAGUGGGCGAAGAUGGCUUCCUGCUGAAGAUCAAGCUGGGGCACUAUGCCACGCAGCUGCAGAACACGUACGACCGGUGCCCCAUGGAGCUGGUGCGCUGCAUCCGGCACAUCCUCUACCACGAGCAGCGGCUGGUGCGGGAGGCGAACAACAGCCCCUCGCCGGCCGGCUCCCUGGUGGAUGCCAUGUCCCAGAAGCACCUGCAGAUCAACCAGACCUUCGAGGAGCUGCGGCUCAUCACGCAGGACUCUGAGAACGAGCUCAAGAAGCUGCAGCAGACGCAGGAGUACUUCAUCAUCCAGUACCAGGAGAACAUGCGCCUCCAAGCCCAGUUCUCCCAGCUCUCCCAGCUGGGUCCCCAGGAGCGCCUGUCAAGGGAGACGACGCUGCAGCAGAAGAAAGCGUCGCUGGAGGCCUGGCUGCACCGGGAGGCCCAGACACUACAGCAGUACCGCGUGGACCUGGCCGAGAAGCACCAGAAGACGCUGCAGCUGCUGCGCAAGCAGCAGACAACCAUACUGGAUGAUGAGCUGAUCCAGUGGAAGCGUCGGCAGCAGCUAGCGGGAAACGGGGGUCCCCCUGAGGGCACCCUGGACGUGCUGCAGAGCUGGUGCGAGAAGCUGGCGGAGAUCAUCUGGCAGAACCGGCAGCAGAUCCGCCGGGCUGAACACUUGUGCCAGCAGCUGCCGAUCCCGGGCCCGGUGGAGGAGAUGCUGUCGGAGCUGAACGGCACCAUCACUGACAUCAUCUCUGCCCUGGUGACCAGCACCUUCAUCAUCGAGAAGCAGCCCCCCCAGGUGCUGAAGACACAGACUAAGUUUGCAGCCACCGUGCGGCUCCUGGUGGGGGGGAAGCUGAACGUGCACAUGAACCCCCCCCAGGUGAAGGCCACCAUCAUCAGUGAGCAGCAAGCCAAGGCCCUGCUGAAGAACGAGAGCACCCGCAAUGAGAGCAGCGGGGAGAUCCUCAACAACUGCUGUGUGAUGGAGUACCACCAGGCCACGGGGACACUCAGUGCCCACUUCCGCAACAUGUCCCUGAAGCGGAUCAAGCGCUCGGACCGCCGUGGGGCUGAGUCUGUGACGGAGGAGAAGUUCACCAUCCUCUUCGAGUCGCAGUUCAGUGUUGGUGGCAACGAGCUGGUCUUCCAGGUGAAGACGCUGUCCCUGCCUGUGGUGGUGAUCGUGCAUGGGAGCCAGGACAAUAAUGCCACAGCCACCGUGCUCUGGGACAACGCCUUCGCCGAGCCCGGCCGCGUGCCCUUCGCCGUGCCCGACAAGGUGCAGUGGCCCCAGCUCUGCGAGGCGCUCAACAUGAAGUUCAAGGCAGAGGUGCAGAGUAGCCGCGGGCUGACCAAGGAGAACUUGGUGUUCCUGGCACAGAAGCUCUUCAACAGCACCAGCUCCCACCUGGAGGACUACAGCAGCACCACGGUGUCCUGGUCCCAGUUCAACCGGGAAAACCUGCCCGGGAGGAAUUACACCUUCUGGCAGUGGUUUGACGGGGUCAUGGAGGUGCUGAAGAAGCAUCUGAAGCCGCACUGGAACGAUGGGGCCAUCCUGGGCUUCGUCAACAAGCAGCAGGCGCAUGACCUGCUCAUCAACAAACCCGAUGGGACCUUCCUCCUGCGGUUCAGCGACUCGGAGAUUGGCGGCAUCACCAUCGCAUGGAAGUUUGACUCCUCUGAGAGGAUGUUCUGGAACCUGAUGCCUUUCACCACCAGGGACUUCUCCAUCCGCUCCCUGGCCGACCGCCUUGGGGACCUCAGUUACCUCAUCUACGUGUUCCCUGACCGGCCCAAGGACGAGGUCUUCUCUAAGUACUACACGCCGGUUCUCUCUAAAGCCGUGGAUGGAUACGUGAAGCCACAGAUCAAGCAAGUGGUGCCAGAGUUCGUCAGCGCAUCAGGUGAUUCUGCCCCCGGAGGGGCCACCUACAUGGACCAGGCUCCCUCGCCCGCCGUCUGCUCCCAGCCCCAUUACAACAUGUAUGCCCAGAACCCCGACACCGUGCUGGACCCCGAGGGAGACUUCGACCUGGAUGACACCAUGGACGUGGCAAGGCAUGUGGAGGAGCUGCUGCGGCGCCCUAUGGACAGUCAGUGGAUCCCCCAUGCCCAGUCGUGACGGGCGGGUGCCCGGCCCCCCCGGCCCCAGCCCUGUGGGGACUGUGCUGUGUUCGUGUCUCUGUGCCAGGGGGGUCGGCGGGUGGGCCCUGCCCCGGAGAUUUGCUCUGUGCUGCCCCGAAAUGCAGGCUGGCGUCCGGCUCUUUGGUGUUUAUGCCCUUGUAUAAACGGCAGCGGAUUUGUCGCAUGGUUUUCCUGUAUGUUCCUUUUAAGAGGCCCAGCUUCGGCUUUCCGCUUCUGCAAGCACCGGCCCCGCAGCCCCCGUGCUCCCUGUCAAGGGGCUGCUCGGGGCGGGGGCCGGGGGUCCGGCCUCGGGUUUGCUUUCGCAGUCGUCACUAAGAAUGUACAUGUCGCCUUCUUGUUCUACCCCGUGGCUCCGUUCCCAGGGGGUGUGUGGGCGCACCAGGCUCUGGCAUGGGGUGGGGGGUCAGCUGGGGCUCCCCCCUGGCCCGUGCUGGCACUCUGCUCCACAGCAGCAGGGUCCCCUCCUGGACCUUGUCUCCUCCUCUGGUCCCCUAAGAAUGCGGGACCCCCUUUGGCUCCUGGCCUCAGUGUCCCCUGCCAGAGCCGGUGCAGCAUGAGGGAGAUGGGGCGCGAGGGCACCCAGCGAGGGGGGCCAGGCAGUGUGGGUGGUUUGGGGGGGAGCGGAGCCUUCUGCCUCCCCACCCCCCCGCCUCUCCCCUUGCCCUGGCCAAGAAGUUCUGGGGUCCUGGCCAUGUUAUUUUUCUAUCACAGAGUAAAUAAAGCACGGAAUAUUUUUAUAACACAAAA